AUGCAGCCGCGUACGCAGCGAGUCAAUCAAAGUCUUUUUAUCGUAUUGUUGUGUCUUAUAAUACACGUAUCUUCCGCUAACCAAUGUUGUAGGCUUGAAGAAAGGCCCAAUGGGUCAGGGUAUAUUUUGGAAAUACCUGGUUCAGCCAGUAAACCGGGGAGGCCUGGCAAACGCGGACCUAUCGGCCCCAAAGGAAAUCUGGGUGACGUCGGUCCUAAAGGGGACAAAGGGCCUCCAGGUAGAAGUGCUGAAAUCUCCACUGACGCGAUUUUGGCUUACGAAGAACGAAUAAGGCAACUGGAGAGAAAGCAGGCGGUGUUGUGGAAAGCUAGCGGAUUGGUCGUUUUUGGAGAUAUGGCAUUUUUCUUUUCUGCGAAUCAAAUGAAUUGGUACGAAGCUGAAAUCAUGUGCCAAAAUAAGGGCGGCAGGUUGCUGACAAAGGGAAUUCUCGAUGUAAAUACUCGCAGAAGAAUUUUCGACAAAAUUACAGAAGAAAAAUCGUCGUUUUGGAUUGGCCUCAAUGAUAUUGAUAAUGAAGGAGUUUUUGUAUGGAGUACCGGAGAUGUUUUGUCUUCCACAAGCUCUCUGUGGGCCCCACGAGAGCCUUCGGACCAUCGUUCUGGAAACUGCUGUACCUUGUGGCUAGAACACCUAAAGCUAGAUGACACUAAUUGUGAUAGACAAAGGCGAGCUAUUUGUGAGAUUGAUAUUUGA